AUGAGCUUUAUUUUCCAGAGUAGAAUACAUAUCAAGUGUAUUGACAAUAAAGAGAAGAUGAAGUCUUUUAUCCUAAUUGUUGCAGCAUGCGCUACAGUUGUAGCAGCCAAUCCUCCAACUUGUGGAUCUUCCCAAUUCAUCCCUGAUCCGUACGACUGUACAAAAUUCUGGCAGUGUUCUAAUGGUAGACCUUAUGAGUUUACGUGCCCAACAGGAACUCAUUUCAAUCCAACAUUGAACGUAUGUGAUUGGCCAUAUAACGCUGGGUGCAAAGCAUCCAGCACUACCACGACUACCACUACAACAACCACCAGCACAACAACAACCACUCCAGCGCCAACUACCACUACUACAACAACCACCCCAGAACCAACGACCACCACUACAACAACUACACCUGAACCAACGACCACCACUACAACAACUACGCCUCAACCAACGACUACCACUACCACAACUACUCCUGAACCAACAACCACCCCUGAACCAACCACCACCACUACAACAACCACCCCAGAACCAACGACCACCACUACAACAACUACUCCUGAACCAACGGCCACUACCCCUGAACCAAUCACCACCACUACAACAACUACUGCUGAACCAACGACCACUACCCCUGAACCAACGACCACCACUACAACAACUACUCCUGAACCAACGACCACCACCCCAGAACCAACCACAACUACUUCAGCUCCAACUACUGAAGCAGAUGAAGACGAUGACGAAAACAGUACUGAAGAAGGUGACGAUUCUACCACAGAGGCCAACGAUGAUUCUAGCACCGAAGAAGAUGAUGAUUCUACCACAGAUGCCAACGAUGAUUCUAGCGCUGAGGACGAUGAUGACUCUACCACAGACGCCAACGAUGAUUCCGGCGCCGAAGACGAUGAUAAUUCUACCACAGAGGCCAACGAAGAUGAUUCUACCACAGAGGCCAACGAAGAUGAUUCUACCACAGAGGCCGACGAAAGUUCUGGCGCCGAAGACGAUGAUAAUUCUACCACAGAAGCCGACGACGAAGCUUCCACUGAAGAAUCAACCGAUUUGCCAGCUCUGUUUUAAAUAAAAACUAUUGUACUAAAUAAAUUACAAUUGACUAACCUCUAAUUACUAUUUAUUUGUAAAAUAAAAGUAAAUAAGGUUACAGUUA